AGUAGGUGUGUCACAAUGUUGUGUUGUGAAUAAAGCAGUACUAAUCCAGGAGCAGUUGCGCGCCCGGGGAAUUGUGGGUGAUCGUCGACACGAAAGGGAAAAUGAAAGCUGUCAGCACGAGACAAUGAUGCCGCAGAAACUCAGGUUACUCUGAAUGCUGUUUUUGAGGAGACAUUAAGUCAAGAAUGUGAAAGGAACUAACAAGUGUUAAUACCACCAAAUAUCAUUAUUCAUUUCAUUGUCACAUCAUCCAGUAUGCAUUUUUUACUUUUUACCCUUUUCUCACUGUCUGGUAUUUGCCUGUGCUUGGGAAGCACCAACACAACAGCUGAAAAUAUCCUUAUAGCGACCAAUGGUCUCCCUUUUCCAUGGAGCAAGUUGCGCCUUCCGAAUUACAUCAUUCCUAUUCAUUACCAUCUGCUCAUCCAUCCCAACCUGACAACCCUGAGGUACAACGGUUCGGUCAAGAUUGAAAUUGACGUGAAGAACAACACCAACUGGGUGGUACUGCACAGCAAGAACCUGGAGAUCAGUGCAGCAACUGUCCUGGACGAGAGCGAGGCUCAUCUGUCCGGCAAAGUGCUUCAUGUUCUGGAAUAUCCUCCUCAUGAGCAGAUUGCCAUCUUCUCGCCAAAGAUUCUCACCUCAGGUGAAAAGUAUUAUCUCUAUCUGGAAUUCAGUGCAGCACUGAGUGAUGGCUUCUAUGGAUUUUACAGGAGUUCUUAUAAAACCGAAGAAGGUGAAACAAGGGUCUUGGCGUCUACUCACUUUGAACCAACAUCUGCACGGAUGGCCUUCCCGUGUUUUGAUGAGCCCAUUUUCAAAGCCAACUAUUCUGUUCGGAUAAGAAGGGAAGCUGCACACAUCACUCUGUCCAACAUGCCCAUAGAGCAGACGGUAAAAUUAGAUGGAGGUCUAUUAGAAGAUCGGUUUGAAACAAGUGUGCAGAUGAGCACCUAUCUUGUGGCGUUUGUUGUUGGUGAUUUCAAGUCGGUUAGCAGUAAAACAGCUACAGGAAUUGAUGUUUCCGUUUACGCUGUACCGCACAAGUGGCACCAAACCCACUAUGCCCUUGAAGCUGCUGUAAAACUUUUGGAGUUUUAUGAGAUGUAUUUUAAUAUCUACUAUCCACUUCCCAAACUAGAUCUUAUAGCAAUUCCAGAUUUCCAGUCUGGAGCAAUGGAGAACUGGGGUUUGACCACCUACAGAGAGACCUCUCUUCUCUAUGACCCCAGUGUGUCCUCCACCUCAGACAAGCUUUGGGUUACCAUGGUGGUAGGACAUGAACUAGCCCAUCAGUGGUUUGGAAACCUGGUGACUAUGGAAUGGUGGAAUGACAUUUGGCUUAAUGAGGGAUUUGCACGAUACAUGGAGUUUGUUUCUGUUGAGGCUACACAUCCAGAACUAAAAGUGGAGGACUACUUGCUAGACACCUGCUUUGCAGCGAUUGGACGAGAUUCCCUCAACUCCUCCAGACCAAUCUCAUCGUCUGCGGAGAACCCCACUCAGAUCAAAGAGAUGUUUGAUACUGUAUCUUAUGAUAAGGGGGCAUGCAUUCUGCACAUGCUGAGACAUUUUCUGACAGACAAUGUUUUCCAGAGUGGAAUAGUCAGGUACUUAAAGAAGUUUAGGUACAAGAAUGCCAAAAAUGAGGAUCUGUGGAACAGUCUGGUUAAUACUUGUUCUGAAGAGGAUUUCAUAUUGGGAGAACACUGCUACAGUGACAAACAGGCUACAAAAAAUGCAUAUCUGUUUGCUGGCGAGCAUAUAGAUCUAAAGAAGAUGAUGUACACAUGGACUCUACAGAAGGGCAUUCCUUUGGUAACAGUAGAGCGGCAAGGAACCAAGCUUUACAUAGAGCAGGAGCGUUUCAUAAAGACAGUCCAGCCUGGUGAUCCACUGUGGCAGUCAAUGCAAGCUGGCUAUCUGUGGCACAUUCCUCUGACCUACAAAACCAGCCACUCCAGCAAUGAAGUGAGGCAUAUACUACAGACCAAGUCAGAUGUGCUAAUGCUGGACGAGGCUGUGGACUGGGUAAAGUUCAACACUGAUAUGAAUGGCUACUACAUUAUCCACUAUGAUGCUGAGGGUUGGGAUGCUCUGAUUAACCUACUGCAAGUAAACCACACUGCUGUGAGCUUCAAGGACAGAGCCAAUCUCAUUCACAAUGCCUUUCAGCUGGUCACGGCAGGACGAUUGACAUUGGACAAGUCUUUGGAUCUGAUUACCUACUUGAAGUCUGAGUCCCACAAUGUUCCCCUGCUUCAAGGCAUUGGAUAUUUAGAGUCCUUUUAUAAGAUGAUAGAGAAGAGGAAUAUAGCAGACGUCACUACAAAUCUUAAGACCUACAUCCUGCAGUAUUUUAAAAACGUGAUAGAUCAACAGACAUGGAGUGACGAGGGUACAGUCUCAGACCGGAGGCUGCGUUCAGAGCUUCUAGCCCUGGCGUGUGAUCUUAGCUACCCUCCCUGUGUGGAAAAGGCAAGAGAGUUCUACCAAACCUGGGUGAAGUCCAACAGCACCAUCAGCUUACCCACUGACGUAGCUGAUACAAUCUACACAGUUGGAGCUCAGGAUGAUGGCGGCUGGCACUACCUGCUAAGAAAAUAUGAGGUGUCCAUAAGUGCAGCAGAAAAAUCCAAACUUCUUUUAGCUCUGACCAGCAACAGUGAUUCCAAUAAGCUUCUAAGGUUGUUGGAACUUGGAAUGGAGGGGUCAGUGAUAAAAACCCAAGACUUAUCUACAACUAUAUACCUUGUGGCCAGAAAUCCAGCUGGUCAUUUCUUAGCAUGGAAUUUUUUUAAGAAGAACUGGAAUACGCUUGUGGAGAAAUUUCAGCUGGGAUCAUUCUCUAUCAGAAAUAUUAUCAUAGGCACAACAAGACAAUUUUCAUCUAAAGAGGAGCUAGCUGAUAUUAAGGAUUUCUUUGAUUCUAUUCGAGAACAAUCGUCUCAGUUGCGUGUCACUCAGUUGGCUGUUGAGAAUGUAGAGAAGAACAUCCUGUGGUUGGAGAGAAACUUAGAAACUAUGAGGACCUGGCUUCAGAAGAGACUGAACUUGUAAAUGGAAUUUGCAGGCCACAAUACUUGUCCUUAACAUUUUACAUCCUAUAUUAAAUGCAGAUGUGUUUUUAGCUUUACAAAUUAAGCAAUACAGUUUCAUUUGUUCAUUAGCAAAGAAUUAGUUUUCAUAUCUGAAUUCAGCACCUAGGAUAAACAUAUUGAUUAGAAUGUUUUGUGAAUUAUACUAAGCAUGGUUUGAGGUUUUGGGGUAAUGAGUGUAAGACAUUUUUAUCAGGUUUUCUAAAGAGGAAUUGUACAUUAUUUUGUUAAAGAAAUAUUUUGAUAAUGUAAUAAAAUGUACACAAUUGGA